CGGGAGCAAGAGGCCCCAUGGGGGGGUCAGGGCUGGAGCCGGAGCCAACCCUGCGAGGGAGCAGGCAACGCAGAGCAGCUGCUUCCCGGAUCCCAGCGCUGCCCCCCACGCGAUGGCGUCUCCCCGGAUCCUCAGCACCGUCCUGGCCCUGCUCAGCCUCCUGCUGCUGCUGGUGGCCCUGGGCUCCGACCACUGGCUGGUGGACGAUGCCGUCCUCGAGUCCCUCCAUGAGGGGCUGUGGAAGAGCUGCCUGAAUUCGGUGUGUGGACAAAUUUCUUCAGCAUCAGUCUCUUUAAAGGUCACCAGGGUUUUCACAGUGCUGGGCGUGAUCGCUGGGUCGGUCUCCUCGUUCGCUCUUCUCGCCUCGUUCCUGCACUCCCACCCCGGCUCCGUGUCCCUGACCUUGGUCUCCUUCCUGGGCAGCUUCAGUGCGGGGCUCUGUGCCAUGAUCGCGCUGGCCGUGUACACAGGGGAGUUCGCUGGGGCCGUGAACGCCGUCCAGCGCCAAGUCACCUUCGGCUGGUCCUUCGGCCUCGGCUGGGCCUCCUUCCCCCUCUUCCUCAUCACCGGUGUGGUGACGCUUCGUAUCCUGAGAGUCUCCUAGAGCCGAGUGUGGGGCCCACGGUGGCACCAAGGAUGGGGCCGGGAGCCUAGUGGGCCGGAUGGAGCCUGCAGUGUCCUGGGACCUAUUCCCCCAACAGCCACGAGCAGGGGGCAGUGUGUGUGUGUGUGUGUGAGAGAGAGGGUCCCUACUGCACCCUGCUGGACCCCCCAGCAAUGAGCCCCCCCCCCUUGUUCCAUGGAGAUUAAAGAUCCUGUUCUCUAAGA